AUGGAAUUUAAUUUGGUAUUAAAUGAAGAUACCACAUCUUCUGCUAAUGCUCCUCUUUUGAUAAUGAAGAGGACGAGUCUAAUUGUAUUAAUGCUUCGACUUAUUGAUAGUUUUAAAAAACAAAAAUUAGAAAUGCGUGGAACUAAUAAAGAUGGUCAAGAAACCCAAUACGGUGAAUGUCACAUUAUGAAUGAUGGCAAUAUACAACGUGCUCAAAGAAUCAAAAUGUGGGUGGAUCAACUUCGAACCUUAUUUAUCAUCUUUCUUCAAAUCAUGGAGUCACG